AAAUAUUAAAAAGAUCUUAGUAGUAAAAGUUCAAAUGACAUUAAAUGUAUACACUCUUCAUCCUCCAUUAAAUAUUAUUAAAUGUUUAUUUAUUAAUGUAAAUUAUGUUUAUGUAAAGGUAUAGAAAGGAAUGGGAUUGAAUGAAAAUAGUUAUAACCCUAUUUUUUAAUAUAGGCAACGGUUGGACUUCCCUUAUCAACUUUAUAUCAUAUUCUAUGAACGGUCACAGAAGUGUAGUAUAUUAUUAUUCCAUGCAGUACAAAAAACUUUGUGUGUGUAAGCUCGAAAACAGAAACCACGUAAAUUUAUAAGUUUUCAGUAUACAAAUUUACUGUAGCUUUUUAAUUUAUCUAAUAAACUUUAGAUAAUUUAUCCUUCGUACCUUAACAUAGCAGUAGUUUUAGCAUUCUUUUUGAAGAAAUAUUGGCGAAAAUGAAACAUGACUUUUGUGUUUUAAAUCUGAGAUUUGAUAAAAUUUGAUUGGAUUGAAUCCAAUUGUUUUUUAAGGGAUUUUAUGACCUGGUAACUAACACUUUUAGGCCAUGUUUUAUUUAAAUUUAUAUUCUUAUUUUUAUGAAAAAUUAUAAUAUGGAGUGAAAUGAAAUGAAAAUGAUUAAUUUGAGACAUUAAUCAACUUAGUUGAUCUUUUUUUUUUUUUUUAUUGCUUACGUGGGUGGACGAGCUCACAGCCCACCUGGUGUUAAGUGGUUACUGGAGCCCAUAGACAUCUACAACGUAAAUGCGCCACCCACCUUGAGAUAUAAGUUCUAAGGUCUCAGUAUAGUUACAACGGCUACCCCACCCUUCAAACCGAAACGCAUUACUGCUUCACGGCAGAAAUAGGCAGGGCGGUGGUACCUACCCGUGCGGACUCACAAUAGGUCCUACCACCAGUGAAAAAUUAAAUGAAAUGAUAUGGGAUGAAAUAUAAUCUCAGUAAAAUGGUGAUCAUUUACUGAGAUUUUAUCAGUGGACUUUUUGAUUCAAACCAAUACACCAUAGACAAGAUUUUUGGCGGGAACGCAAGGAGUGAAGUUGUGUGAUUUGUUUUAUUUUGUCUAUUUAGUGUUCCUUUAUGUUUAAAUGUGUAAUAACGGUGGUCUAUCGAUUGUUUAAUAUCUGUGAAAGUGUACAAAUAUGGGAAAAUGAAACAAAAGUGCCGAACGUAACUUCUCGGGAUCCUCCAAAAAGUCCACCGAAAAAAUCUCAGUAAAUGACCACCAUUUUACUGAAAUUAUAUUUCAUCCCAUAUCAUCUCCUCUCAUUUCAUUUCAUUUAAUCCCAAUUGAUUAAUAUGUUAAAUUAAUCAUCUUCAUUUCAUUUGAUUUCAUUUCACUCCAUAUCAUCAUUUUUCAUAAAAUUAAGAAAAUAAAUUAAAAUAAGACUUGACUUAAAAGUCUUAGUUACCAGGUCACAAAAUCCCUUUAAAAAAUAAUAAUCAUAGAUUAUACACUUAUUAAUAUGCGUGAAUUUAUUUCAGGAAAAAAACACCUAAAAUGACUGAAGAAAUCUUUAAGGGCGCAGGAGAUAGAUACAAUGGAAUUACAGUUGAUUCCCAAAUAGAAUAUACUGAGAACGAUUUUCUUAGUAUUUUAAAUAACUCUUUAAAAAAAUGGUCCGAGCAAAAUAAGCGCUGCAUAUGGUUUAAAGUGAAUAUAAAACAUGCAGACUGGGUGCCCAUACUUGCCAAGGCUGGAUUUGAUUUCCAUCACUCCAGGGACAGUUUUGUUAUGAUGUACAAAUGGUUGCCUACAAACAGCAAAGCCAAUUUGCCACCAGCAUGCCAUACAAAUCUUGGUGUAGGAGGUAUGGUCUUUAAUAGCCAAAACCAAAUACUAGUUGUGGUUGAACAACAUACCGAUAUUGUUCAUUGGAAACUACCAGGAGGUUAUGUUGAAAGAGGUGAAGACAUCAAAGAUGCUGUUAUAAGAGAAGUGAUGGAGGAAACUGGAAUUGAGGCAUCUUUUGAUUCAAUUGUAACUUUGAGGCACAGUCACAAUUCUAUGUUUGGAAAUUCGGAUAUUUACAUAGUAGUUAUGCUAAAAGCGAUUUCUGAUACUAUCAACAAAUCAGAAAUUGAAAUAGCAGCCUGUCAGUGGAUGGAUGUUGAUGAGUAUCUUAAUCAUCCAAAUGUACAUGAAUUUAACCGUUCAAUAGUGAGUCAAGCUCUGGAACUCCGCGAAAGGAAGCUAAAACUAAACCUGUACACAAAAACACUUAAAUUUUCAAACUGGUCGAAAGAAAUAACAAAUCUAGUUUUAGAAGAUUCAAAAGAAUAAUACAUUUCGUUAGAAUAAAUAUUGACAACAAAAGCAAAAGGCCAGAGAACAACAAUUUUACCUCUUAGGAUUGUAAUUAUUUUUAAAUAGUGAAAAUAAGCAGCCAAUUUUAGGAUCUCUACAUUCAAUAAGGUUUUUUAAAAACAGAAUGAAGAUAUUAGCUUACAAGAAGCUCACAAUCAUUAUAUACGUAAAAGUAUAUUAAUUCAUGAUUUUGCAAUGUCCACAUUGACAAAUAAUAAAUUCUUAUUAAACUGU